UUAAAUGCAGUAUCGAUUGCUGCAGUGCAGAACAUACAUAUAAACAAUCUGGAAUUCUUUCACAGUGUAACCAAGCAAAGGUGGUGAGAAGUAACAUUCCUAUAGUAGUUAACGUGUUGUAGUGUUUUCUUUUGAAAUGUCACGAGCAUUUGCGACAUUGUUGACGGGGUUUAACUUAACUGCGCAGCCAUCUUUUGACAGCAGGCGAACCGGGACUAGUCUGACACCGACAGGCUCCAAAUGGCUUUUCUGAUGACGUUUUGUACUUUCGUUGUCAAAGUGUUUUGUCUGCCUUUGUACCUACUGGAUGCCGUAGGCUUGUACAAACUCUACAAACGUGUCUUUCCGUGUUGCCUUUAUCGUUUGUCCAAGCUGUACAACAAGAAGAUGCACGAGAAGAAGAGGGAGCUGUUCGCGGGUCUGUCCGAGUUCAAGCAACCCGGAAAACAGCUAACCAUCUUGGAGGUCGGCUGCGGCACGGGUUCCAAUUUCCACUAUUACCCAGCCGGUUGCAAGGUGAUCUGCAUGGACAACAAUGCACACUUUGAGAAGUACCUGCACAGGAACAUGCUCGAGAACCGGCAUGUCACUUAUGAGAAGUUCGUGGAGGCCUCGGCGGAGGACAUGCGCUCAUUCGAGGACGCGUGUGUGGACGUGGUGGUGUGCACGCUGGUGCUCUGCUCCGUUGACAAUGUCCCGCAAACUCUGAGGGAGGUGUGUCGCGUUUUGAGGCCUGGUGGAGCCUUCUUUUUUCUCGAGCACGUUGCCGCACAGCCGUCGACGUGGACAUAUUUCUUCCAGCACGUCCUGAAGCCUGUGUGCUACUACUUGGGUGAUGAAUGUGAGGUCACCCGGGAAACAUGGACACAUCUGGAGGCUGCCGGCUUCUCUGACCUCAAACUACGACAUCUGAACGCGCCAAUUAUCUUCUUCAACAAACCACACAUCAUGGGCUAUGGUGUAAAAUAGAUUUGUGGCCCCCCUCACCUGACACAAGAGGCCAUCUAUCGUCCAUUGCCAGGCACUCUGAUGUUUGUUUUAUUUUUCUAAUCAAGGGAUUCAGAGCACUUUUUUUUUUUGGAUGCACUACAAAUCCUACUCAUCAAAUCUGUCUGUAACUCGGCUCUUUACAGUAUAAGGCAAUGAAGCAUAUUUGCAAAUACGUCCUAAUGGAGGCCACACAUGUAGAAUGUGAUUUUUUUUCCUCCUCAGCCAAUAAGUGAAGAGAGUUAACAAUAAUAAUGUAAAUAAAUGAAUGCAGUAUCUUUUACUGGACCCUGCGGCUGAUUUUGGGGGAUAAGCAGGGUACACCCGGGAAUGUUGAAGGAUGUACCGCAAAAAAACUCGAGAACACCUCCGAACUGUGAAGCAGGCAUCACGUAACAUUUCUCAUUUGCACCCUGGAUCCCCGCACUCUCAUUUGCUGCAUGGCAAGCAAGAGGGCCACGGAUACACCGUAUGUUACCCUGUGUGCUGUAUAUUUGUUGUUAAAAUAUUGUGUUUCAACUAAGUACUUUAUGUCUUCACACUUUUGAGGUUUUUAAAAGGAGGCCAUGGUAUAAGCAAAGUCACAUCA